AUGGUCAACGUCUUGAAAGGAGUGCUUAUAGAAUGUGACCCUGCCAUGAAGCAGUUCCUGCUGUACUUGGAUGAGUCAAAUGCCCUAGGGAAGAAGUUCAUCAUUCAAGACAUUGAUGACACCCAUGUCUUCGUCAUAGCAGAGUUUGUCAGUGUCCUCCAGGAGCGAGUAGGUGAACUAAUGGACCAAAAUGCUUUUUCUCUUACCCAGAAGUGA